AUGAUAGAUAUUUUAUGCAAGGAGGGGAAGUCAUCAGAGGAGAUUGAAAUUCUGGAACUAAUGACUCGUACAGGUGUGAAACCAGAUGUCUUCACCUAUAAUUCUUUAAUUCAUGGGUUGUGUCAUUCUGGGCGAUGCGAAGAAGCAACAAGCUUGCUUAAUAGGAUGAUGAAUGAAGGUGUCCAUCCUGAUGUCGUGACUUUCAGUUCUUUAAUAGGAGCUUUAUGCAGGGAAAAGAGAACUGAAGAAGCCAAUACCAUGUUGGAAUUAAUGUGUCAAAGAAAUGUAAAACCCAACAUUGUCACCUAUAGUUGUUUAAUAGAUGGAUUGUGCAAAUCAAAUAAAUGGACAGAAGCGACAAUCUUGUUCAAUAGAAUGUUGAAUGAAGGAAUCCGUCCUGAUGUAGUAACCUUCAGUUCUUUAAUCAAUGCUUUAUGCAAGGAACAGAGGGUUAAAGAAGCCGUUGUCAUGUUGGAACUAAUGAGUCAGAGAAAUGAGUCCAUCCUCAUGUUGACUUUCAAUUCUUUGAUCAAUGCUUUAUGCAAGGAAAAGAAAAUCAAAGAAGCCAUUAACAUGUUGGAGCUAUUGAGUCGGAGAAAUGUAAACCCUGACAUUGUCACCUGCGGUUGUUUAAUACAUGGAUUGUGCAAUUCAGGCCAAUGUGAAGAAGCAACAAGUUGGCUUAGUAAGAUGGUUGGUGAACAUAUUGUUCCUGAUAUUGAAACUUUUAACAUUUUGUUGGAUGCUAUUUGCACGCAAGGAACAACAGAUAAAGUUCGUGAAGUACUGAAGUUGAUGGAUCAAAAAGGUGUGAAGGCUAAUUGA